AUGCGAAACCCUGAUGGACUCUACCCUGUAGUGGAGCUCAACUUCAAAUGUGUUUUUCUUCGAGAUCCUUUCUUGUAUAACCAUGGAAUAAAGGAUUGGGUUGGCUCUGAGAUAGAAGAAGAAGAAGAAGAAGAAGAAGAAGAAGAAGAAUAUAUUGACGAUUCAUGCAUUGAUGGUGGUGAAAAUGAAAACGAAAUUGAUAAUCUUAAAGAUGUCGAUGUGGAAUUUAAUGUGGAUAUAGUCACUAUAAAUAGAACACAGGGUGAUGAGUUUCUGAAUAAAUUAUGUUCUGAAGAGGAAGAGGGAAAUGAAAACAACACAGAUGAUGAUGAGAAUGAAGAGGAGGAAAAUGCUUGUAAAGCAAAAACUAAGGUAGAUUUUAAGAUUGCCAUGAAAGAACUUGAAGAUCUAAACCCAAGUGCUCAUAAGUAUCUGGUGGACAAAGACCCCAAAACAUGGUCAAGAGCUUACUAUGAAACUGGUAAAUGUUGUGAUGUUGUGGAGAACGGAAUAUAUGAAAGUUUCAAUGUUGUUAUUGUUGAUGAUAGGAAGAAGCCAAUUAUCACCAUGUUAGAGGAGUUGAAGUUCUAUAUGAUAGACAGAGUGUUCAACAUGAAAGCCAAGGGCAAAGGAUGA